AUGUCUCUCUCUAGCAAGCUCCCCAUCACCGACGUCGACCUCAAGGACAAGCGUGUCCUGAUCCGGGUCGACUUCAACGUCCCUCUCGAUGACAACAAGAACGUCACCAACCCUCAGCGCAUCGUCGGUGCUCUGCCCACCAUCCAGUACGCCAUCGACAAUGGCGCCAAGGCCGUCGUCCUGAUGUCCCACCUCGGUCGUCCCGACGGCAAGCCCAACACCAAGUACAGUCUGAAGCCCGUUGUCCCCGUACUUGAGAAGCUGCUGGGCAAGAGUGUCAUCUUCACCGAGGACUGCGUUGGUCCCCAGGUUGAGGAGACCGUCAACAAGGCCACUGGUGGCCAGGUCGUCCUGCUGGAGAAUCUGCGCUUCCAUGCCGAGGAGGAGGGUAGCUCCAAAGACGCCGAGGGCAAGAAGGUCAAGGCCGACAAGGAGAAGGUCGCCGAGUUCCGCAAGGGCCUGACUGCCCUGGGUGACGUCUACGUCAACGAUGCCUUCGGCACUGCCCACCGUGCCCACAGCUCCAUGGUCGGCUGUGAGCUGCCCCAGAAGGCGGCCGGUUUCCUCGUCAAGAAGGAGCUGGAGUACUUCGCCAAGGCUCUGGAGAACCCCCAGCGCCCUUUCCUCGCCAUCCUGGGUGGCUCCAAGGUCUCUGACAAGAUCCAGCUGAUUGAUAACCUUCUGCCCAAGGUCAACAGCCUGAUCAUCACCGGUGGCAUGGCCUUCACCUUCAAGAAGACCCUUGAGAACGUCAAGAUCGGCAGCUCCCUCUUCGACGAGGCCGGCAGCAAGAUCGUCGGUGACAUCGUCGAGAAGGCUAAGAAGAACAACGUCCAGAUCAUCUUGCCCGUUGACUACAUCACCGCCGACAAGUUCGCCGAGGACGCCAACGUUGGCUCCGCCACCGACGAGUCCGGCAUCCCCGACGGCUCUCUGGGUCUGGACGUUGGUCCCAAGACCCAGGAGCUGUACAAGAAGGCCAUUGCCGAGUCCAAGACCAUCCUCUGGAACGGACCCGCUGGUGUCUUCGAGUUCCCCAACUUUGCCUCCGGUACCAAGGCCACCCUCGACGCUGCCGUCGACGCCGUCAAGUCUGGCGCUACCGUUAUCGUCGGCGGUGGUGACACCGCUACCGCCGCUGCCAAGUUCGGCGCUGAGGACAAACUGUCCCACGUCUCCACCGGUGGUGGUGCUUCCCUGGAGCUCCUUGAGGGCAAGGAGCUGCCUGGUGUUGCUGCUCUGUCCAGUAAGUAA